UCGUUGUUGGUUCGCUUAGCGUGUGGCUGUCUUGUUCAACGAUUUGAGUCAGAAACGGAAUUUUUGAAAUAAAAAUUUUAAGCAUUAACGACUUUUUAAUAAAAAUUAAAAAUUAUUUGAUAAAUUUAAAAAGAUAUACAAACAAAUACAACUGAAGGAUAUUUACCAAUCAGCUAUAGAAUAAGGAAUUUCCUUUUCGAUCAAUUAUUUUCGUAGAGUUUGGAAACACGUAAGGUUACAAUCUACUUUUACUGACAAGGGAAAAAUAUAUUAACUAGACUAUUGAUAAAAAAAAUUCAGCAUGUCUUUUAUAAAUCAGCGACCGCACAAUCUGCUUCGAUUUUUAUAUUAUCCUUUAGCAACAAUUUUCCUGAUACAAAUUGCACCGGCAAAGGCUGCAAUUCAUCCAGUAUUAACACAUCAGAAUGGUUCCACUUCAUUUGGUCAACUGGUUACGUCAAGCACACUAGUCUGGGUGACAUAUGAUUCCAAAGACUCUAAGCAAUUGCAACAUGCUGUAGAAGGUGGUAAAUAUAUAACCGAAGAUGAACACUAUCCAAUCUAUGUUUGUCGUGUUACAAUCGAUGGUGCGCCCACUAGCGGUCAUACGGAAAAGAUUAUGCAAGCACAUGUCUGUGUAGCUGCACAUUAUAAACACACGAAAUAUGAAAAGUUUGAUGUAUUGAUCAAUAAAGGUCAUUUGGGAAAAAUUGCCUGGAAACAUUGGCGUAAAUUUAAUGCUGGUAUACCCAUCGGGGCUAUAAGUAUUGGUGAAGGCACAUUCAUUGCACGUCAUCAUGCACCACUACAACAAAAUCAUGCGGAGAGUUCAGCACAGUGGGGAGCUGAUUACAAUCUUGGACGUUUAGAAAUGGUUGGUUUGGGUAAAAUAAAAGUUGUGGAAAACGAAAGCGAUAAGGAUUACGAAGAAGGCGAUGUUUUAGUAGAGACGGAACCAUUCCGUUAUGAAUUAAGAGAUAUUAAAUUGGAUAAGAUUCGUUUGGAUAUGACUGAUAAUAUAACUGAUUUAGCUUCGAGUGUACUUGUUAACAAUGGUGACAAAUAUAGUUUGGUGGAGACUGCUAUGUCAUAUCAGUUUGAUCAUGUGCAAAAUUGGGGUUUACAUGAGGGUGUUGCUCGUGGUUUGCCAACAAAAAUCUUUGAAAAAGAUGUUAACGUGCCAGCUGAAAUAAAUUGGGGUCUGAAGCACAUUGAAAAACGUUUCGAAACCAAAUCUGUACACACAAAUUUAUUACCGGGUACAGCACUAAAUGUGACAUUACGUGGUAAUUAUGUACACUUAAGAGCACCGUAUACAGCAAAAUUAUAUGUCUUCUAUCAUGGUAUUGAGGAGAGUGUAUCACGUAAGAUCUCAUCUGAGGUACAAAAAUCAUAUUUGAAAGAUGUUAAAUUGGAAUACAGUCCUAUGUAUUGGGAAAAGAAUGGAACCAUAGUACCAACCACUACGACUUCUACAACUUCAACAACAACACAUGCUACUACAACAAGUACAGGCGAACCAGCACCGAUGCAUGAACCACCAGUAGUGCAUGUUAAGGAUAUUGGUGAAUCACAUUCUGGUCCUGAUUCACUUGAGAAGUCUUUACAUGAUUCACCCGAUAGUAAUGAAGUCUCGAAUGAGGUACCAGAAAAUAUGAAACAUCAAAAGCCAGCUUUAGCUGGUAUUGGGGUUACUGACAAAAACUCAGCAACAGCUCUGCAUAUGCAGUGGAGUGCAACAUUAAUCAUUCUGCUAAUGACAAUGAUGUCGUCCAUUAUUUAGAUUUAUAAUAAACAAAUAGAAUUCAAUUAAUGUUAAGUAUCGGCAUUAGUAUUGAAUUGAGCAUUGAAAUGAAAAGGAUAAUAAAUAGAAAAAAACCAAUAAGAAAUUUUAGGGUAGCAUUUAGUUAUUUUUGUACCUGUUGUACCCGUUGUACCCGUCUAAGAUAGAAAGUGAAUUAAAAUUGAAAAUAAAAAGACAAAAUAUUGUGCAACUGAUGAAGACAGUAAAAUUAUAGUGAAUCGUUUUAUAAAAUUACAGAUAUUUGAGAUACAGAAAGUUUUAUAACAAAAAGAAAUAGAA